GUCAUCAGGUGUGUCGGUAAAACAUUACACAAUAUCGUCGUAAUUAUCGUUGCUAAUUCCAUUAUUCUAAAACAUUUCGAUUUAACGAUUCAAAAGAAAAUGCUUAUUGCAGCAAAAUCACUCGUUUAAAAAAAAUGCGCAAUACGAUUGCAACGUAUGUGGCGAUAAUCGCAUAUCGUUAAAGCGUGUCGUGCAACACGCCACGUGGCCGAGCGUCAACCCGUUAGGGGGGGGAGGGGCUGUAAAAGACGUCACCCGCCCCUUGUAAACAAAGAUCACGUGGGGGGGGCAAGCGGUGUGACGUCACGCGCGCCGACGUCACCGCCCGGGCACCAUCUUGCGCGGCUAGGCCAGGAGGAGGAGGAGGCGUCGCGCGAUGGAAUUACCCGCCUAGCUCCCACCUCUAACCCUACCACUUGCGUCUUCCUCUCGAAGCAGCCAUGGAGAUGUCGGCCGGCUCACUGGUGACACUGGUCAUCAAGGCACCCAACCAGAAAUAUGAUGACCAGACCCUGGAGUGUGGCCUGGACUGGACUGUACACAGGCUCAAGUCUCACAUCAGCGAAGUGUACCCUGGCCAUCCGGGCAUCAAGGAUCAGCGACUCAUCUACUCUGGGAAGCUGCUGUUGGAUAACCUGAUGCUUAAGGAUGUUCUGAGGAAGUAUGACGAGUUCCACACGGUACAUCUGGUGUGCCCUUCAUCGAGCCCCCCAGCCUCACCACGGCCCUCCAACCAGCCCGGCUUUGCACAGCUAUCGGAGACGAUACGCAGUGGAGCGGCAUCGGCCUAUGUCCCCACCCGGCCGAACGUCACCACCAUGCCCUCCUCCCAGGGUGUGGGUGCCGACGGGUUAAGGCAACGACACGUGGUCAUGCCAUCGGCCUACCCACCUCCCGUCUACGGUGUACGGGACAUGGGUCAGCCUGCCGUGCCAGUGUUGCCUGCCUAUCCCACAUACAGCCCCCACUACAUCAUGUGGCUGCAGCAAAUAUAUGCUCAGCACUACUACACGCACUACCAAGCUGCAGUGAGCGCCGCUGCAGGAACGGCGCUCAAUCCUGGCGUCAUGCCGGCAGUUGGCGGUGCAACCCCCGGCCUUCCAAACCCGCUGGGCACAGGCAGCCUCCCCAACCCGCUGGGGGCCGCGGCAGCCGCUGGCGGCGGCGGCGGCGCAGGUGGCGUGGGUCGAGGCGGAGGGGGCGGAGGUGUGGACGGGGCGCCCGUCCCGGCCAACAGGGACAUCGGCGUGGCGGCGGUGGCGGCCCGCAACGAGGGCGCCAGGCCCGCCAAUCAGAAUGCAGUGCUGAUGAACGCGCAGGGGGGUGCCGGGCCGGAGGAGGAGGAGGAGAUGAACCGUGACUGGCUCGACUGGCUGUUCACAGCGACACGCACCGCCGUGCUGCUCGGAAUCUUCUACUUCUACUCAUCGCUCGGCCGGUUCCUCAUGGUGUCCGGGGCGCUGCUGCUGCUUUACCUGUACCAGACGGGCGUCUUCCCAUUCCAGCGCGGUCCGGGUCAGGCACCUGAUCAGCUCGGUGGGGAUGGUGAGGAAGACCUGGCCCAAGAGCUACAGGAAAUGGAGCGCCGCAUGGACGAGGGGAUGGACCUGGGGGACACGGAGAGCUCAGACGAUGACAGUGCCUUGGAGGCAGACGAGCCCAGCUUCACCACUUCUGCCUGGACCUUUGUCACGACCUUCUUCACGUCCCUCGUGCCGGAAGGCGCAGCCGCCAUGCCCAACUGAGACUGAAUGGCUGCCAUUCAUCCCUCCGGCUUCGUCAUGAACGUUUUUUUCUCAAGUGGUGGUUUUUUUUUGGUUGUGGAAACUUCAACGCCCGCUGCAUUGUUAAGCUGGCUCCAUCCCUCCUGCCAUUGCAUCUUCCUGAAUCGAGCUGAUUUUUUUCUUUUCUUCAAGUUGUUUGUGGGUUUUUUUUUAUUAGCAGUGCAAUUUGUUCAACAAAUCAUCUCCUGCUGUGAUGGACUGACAGCCGUUUCUGCUGCUAAUGCUUGUUUUAAAAGAAACUCUUAUGUUCCCAACUCGUCUGCCGAAGGGAGCUUUCAGUCUGUGAUGGAGACGGGCGUGCAUUCACUGGUCUUGCACCACAGUGGGAGAGAAUUUACCGGAUGCCACUUCUUAAGAGUUCUGUUCACACAGAUAGCGCACUUUGGACUUUACUGGAGCACCGCUGUGUUUUUGUUGCUUUCGUGAUGUUUAGAUGAGAUAAUUUUUUCUCCCCCCGUGACCCACGAAGAAAGCGUGGGGAAAAUGACUCCCUCGCUUAAAGUGGUGCUAUCAACAGAGGGCUGAAGAACCGUUAUUUCAACAGGAACACCACAGCCCCUGUUAAUGUAGUUAUGUAGUUAUACAGAUACUUUCAUAUGCCAGACACCAGCAAGUGUGGUUAAAGGUUAAGGGUGACCGUUUUAUUUGUAACGACAUUUGUGCUGCUUCAGCAUUCUUAUGUCUUGUUCCAUACAUAAGAUCCAGCCUCUGCCAAGUUUCAUCUCGCGAACCCAGUUUUGCUAUUGAAAGCGAGACCGGUGAAUGUAAGAUCGAUGACAUUACAUUCCCCAGAGCAACUGCACAUGAGCAUUAUUGAUUUGUGCCAACCAAAGGUUGGUCUCAUACCAGAGUAGAACAGCCCAUAUAAUCUAACUACAAAACUUUAAACUCUUUCACCAACACUUAUUGUAGCAGUUUCUACUUUGCCUUCCAACUUUGCUCUAAGGGAAUCCAAAUUUGUGAAUAUAGUUUCUUGUCUAUGGUUUAAGUAUAUUUGUGGGGCUUUGAUGCUGGCCAGAACACACGGAUUCCUGCCAAGCCUUGUUGCACAUCAUAUAAAGGUCUUUUUCCCAUACUUAACCAACCUUUGCUCAAGAACCAGGAUCAAACCCAGCAGUUUGGGUCACGGGGCGCUCGUGAUCUCACUGACCAAUCGUACGAAUCGCGCACGAGUUGUGAAUAUCUCCUGACGUUAAAGCAAACACGGACGAGGUCAGCCACGGCAUGGCUGCUGCACAAGGACAAAUGGGAGCAGUGGUCUCGUGGUUGCACACGAACGACCGAUGAAAGAAGGCACUUGUAAUUGUUUCCAUGUAUCUACAGGUUACCAGCAGCACUGUGUAUGGAGCAGAUGAGCAAAGAACAGUACUGUAUCAGUGACGUUUCAAUGCACUCUACAAUGACGGAAGACAGUGGCGCUGCAAAGAGCGAAGGGUUGCUGGGGUGGUUGUUUGAUUUUUGCGUUCAGCGAGCCAUCGCACAACGGCACAAAAUAACUGAAAAAGGCAGCGACGAAAGGACAAGCAAGUUCUCCGAUCUUCAACAAAAGACUUAUGAUAUUGAUUAUAUACUGUACGCAUCUUAUACAUGUACCCGAUUAUAUGUGUACCAUCACAAUUAUUUUCUUGUCUAAAUAGCUUUAUAAUGUAAAAAUGUCUUUAAUUAAAACAAAUACUUCCUUGCACUUUGUCGAGUAAUGUCUAAGACAGAGCUAUAUUUUGCAGUUAUUACCGAACACCAGAGCAGCAUUGUAUAGGUCACUUGUAUCGGCCCAAAACACACCACUUUUUUUCUUAACGAGGCUGGAAAGUUAGUGUGAAGGAGCAAGCUGCUCACUCUUGUUGGUUGUGAAGUACAGCAGUGCUCUUGCAAACACAUUACUGGGUAAGACAACAUUUUUCACCACGAGUGGGAAUUCCCGUGGCUGACCACACCAUGGCCAGGCAUUUCGUGCAUUGGUAACUGGGUUGAAGCAACUUGGAUUUACAUUGCAGCACCUGGUGCUUUGCAUAUGCCGACAGCGUGGCAAUAAGAUACCAGUAAAGCAACCGGUACUUAAAUAUGAUAUCGGGGGGCAACUCAUGUUGGUUCAUAUGAGCAGCAUUGGCUAGGUGUGUUCAGGUAGCCGUAUAUGUUGCCUCGUGGUCCCAGUGACUGGUACAGUCGUGUUGUGUGUUGCUGAGCCAAUUCGGGAGACACGUGGCCAUGUCGCUAGUUUGGAAGUGGCCAACACGUCGGCUUUGAGCAAUAAAGUUUUAUUUCCAACGUA